UCUAUUUACACAGUCGACAAACUUGGUCGUCACAUGUUGCUACUCGAAGCCGGUGUACAAAUGCUCUUCUCUCAAUUGAUUAUCGCAAUCCUCCUCGGAAUCAAAGUGACUGAUCAUUCCUCGGAUCUUUCAAAAGGCUAUGCAAUCUUUGUUGUCAUCAUGGUAUGCACAUUUGUGUCUGCUUUCGCUUGGUCUUGGGGUCCACUUGGUUGGCUUAUACCAAGUGAGACAUUUCCAUUGGAGACACGUUCAGCUAGACAAAGUGUGACUGUUUGUGUCAACUUGCUUUUCACAUUUGUGAUUGCUCAAGCUUUUCUCUCCAUGCUGUUCCAUUUCAAGUUUGGUAUAUUCUUGAUCUUCUCGAGCUGGGUUUUGGUUAUGUCUGCUUUUGUGUUUUUCUUGGUGCCUGAGACAAAGAACAUACGAAUUGAAGAAAUGACAGAGAGAGUGUGGAAGCAGCAUUGGUUUUGGAAGAAGUUUAUUGAAGAUGAUUAUGAUAAUGUGGAUUAUGCUAAGAAUAAAAGUAAUGGAUAUGACUCUCAGUUGUAAAUUGAUAGAAUCAGGAAAAUAACAAAUGAGUAUUUUUAGUCUC